AAAAAAAAUCUUGUAAACAUUUUAACAAUUUUCCUUUAAAUAAAUCAUAUAAAAGUGAGCUAGGCUUAUUAAAAAGCGCCGGUGGCAGACUCGGAACUCCGGUCGGUGUCUCGGAAUCGAAAUAAAAACGCCACGAAUACAGGAAGCCUCCAAAUUCCCGCGGAAACCGUUUGUUUAUAUCCGGAAGAUCCGUGGCGCCGGCCGCGCAUUUUGAACGUUUUGUGGAUACUUUUCCGUGGUGCGGGUCCCAUAAAGAAGCCACAUCAUGGAUACGCUUAUAGCGAACGUGGACAGCUGGACGUUCAAGAUCGAAAAGGACCUGAGCGAACAGUAUGGAGCUCUCGCACUGCCCUUUCCCGGGAUGGACAAAUCCACCGCGGCCGUUUGCCAGUUCUUCAAUGCCUCCGAUGGGAUGGAAUGCAAGAAGGGCAACUCGUGUCCGUUCCGGCACAUCCGCGGCGAUCGAACGAUCGUGUGUAAGCAUUGGCUGCGCGGUCUGUGCAAGAAGGGCGAUCAGUGCGAGUUCCUGCACGAGUACGACAUGACCAAGAUGCCCGAGUGUUACUUCUACUCACGCUUCAAUGCCUGCCACAACAAGGAGUGUCCCUUUCUGCACAUCGACCCCGAGAGCAAAAUCAAAGACUGUCCUUGGUAUGACCGAGGGUUCUGCCGGCACGGUCCCAACUGCCGGCAUCGGCAUGUGCGCAGGGUGCUGUGUAAUAACUAUCUGGCCGGCUUUUGCCCGGAUGGAUCGGAGUGCAAGUACAUGCACCCACGGUUUGAGCUGCCACCGCCACCAGAGAUCAAGGAUCAAACACCGAAACGGCCCACCACCUGUCACUAUUGCGGUGAGGUAGGCCACAAGGCGUGCUACUGUCCCAAGAUGCCUCAAGAGCAACGGGAAGCUACCCUACGAAUGGAAGACCUCAAAUAUCGGGCCCUCGGAUACUACAAGCAUCGUGCACACCAAGAUGGUGCAAACAAUCCCGGAGGCGAGGAGGCUGGCAACUUUAUGCACCAGAAACCACCACCGAGGCCUAUAGAAGAGAUCACAUGUUUCAAGUGCGGAAUGAAGGGCCAUUACGCCAACAAGUGCACCAAAGGGCCUUUUGCAUUCCUUAACAGCGGCCAGCGGAAAUAGUGUGCAUCUUACCACCCACCACCUCAUCAUUAGGCUCGUUUUCGGUGUUAAGAUUUCUAGAAUAAGCAAUAAAGCGGAGAUUGAUGUCCAGCUGCCCCGGGCAACCCCGUGGGGUAUGUCUGGUGUGGCACUCGUAACGAAUGCUGCCUCAAG